AUGGUUCAACUCAGCCUUCGUUUCACACUGCUCCUUGCACUCUCCCUCAUCGCCGUAGCGUCCCCGACACCUAUCGCCGCCCCUGCCAACAAUACUAGCCCGGGUCCUGCUUCUGUUCUGCCCAAUAUAGCGAGAGAUAACCUCGUUGCUUCAGCUCGCAGUGAUGACAAGACAUAUCACUCCCGCUCCACGUUCGACGAUGGCCAAUACCACCCUGACCCCAAGUUUGAUGAUGGUCAAUAUCACCCCGACUCCAAGUUUGACGAUGGUCAGUACCACCCCGACCAAAAAUUCGAUGAUGGAAAAUACGAGGGAAAGCGAUCCCUGAAACUUCGGUAUGAUGACGGCGACGACCAAAACAACGACGAUCAAGACGGUCACGACGACGGUCAACAGCAUUCAGUCAUUUCGUUCGAUGAUGGACAGGACCAACGCCCCAAUGUCGAUGAUAAUGGCCGGUACCACAGAGAAGGAAAGUACAAUGAACAGUAUCACCACCCUAAUUCUGGUAUGAGGCAUUCGCGUCGGAACAGUAACGAAAUGUACCACCCGAGCCCCAAAGCCGAUAACGGCCAGUAUCAUCCCGAUCCAAAGUUCGACGAUGGGCAGUACCACCCUGGCCAGAAACAUGCCCAACCGCACAGUCCCGCUCGUAGGUACGAUGACGGACAAUAUCAUCCCGAUCCCAAGUUGGACAAUGGACAAUACCAUCCUGAUCCAAAGUUCGACGAUGGGCAGUACCACCCUGGCCAGAAACAUGCCCAACCGCACAGUCCCGCUCGUAGGUACGAUGACGGACAAUAUCAUCCCGAUCCCAAGUUGGACAAUGGACAAUACCAUCCUGAUUCAAAGUUCGACGAUGGGCAGUACCACCCUGGCCAGAAACAUGCUCAACCGCACAGUCCCGCCCGUAGGUACGAUGACGGACAAUAUCAUCCCGAUCCCAAGUUGGACAAUGGACAAUACCAUCCUGAUUCAAAGUUCGACGAUGGGCAGUACCACCCUGGCCAGAAACAUGCUCAACAGCACAGUCCCGCCCGUAGGUACGAUGACGGACAAUAUCAUCCCGAUCCCAAGUUGGACAAUGGACAAUACCACCCUAAUCCCAAAUCUGACGAUGGGCAGUACCACCCAGCAGGGAAAGAGGAGCACGGACCUGUCAAAACUAAUACUCCUGCUCCUGCGGCUACACCCAACCGUUCUCCCGCACCUUCGAAGAACAACUCGAAUGAAAAAACCUUGCUUAAGGAAGGCAGUGCAGAUGUAUUGAUGUAG